CUAUUUUGCCAACCCCAAAUGAGAACCUUAUAAAUUUGCGACAUAAUGAUGACUCUUCUUCAGUUAUAGAAAAUAUAAAUCAAUCCUUGCAAAAAACAAAAACAAAUGACUCAUCUGGUUUAUUUAAUAACACUAUUAACACCAAAAAUUCAGAUGCAGUUGUCGAAUCGAAUGAUUAUAUAUUCUAUAAAGAAGUAAAAUACACCAUUGAUGAAUUUCUCGAAAAUAUGCAAAAAGAAAUAAAUUUCCUAUAUAAAAACAAUCGCGAGUUAGAUGAUUAUUUGUCCCACGAACAUGAAAAUAUAGAUGAAAAAGAUAUAAAUUAUGGAAGGGACUAUAAUAUUUAUGGUAGUGUCCGUUUUAUUGAUGGGGUUCGUGCAGAUGCUUCUCAUCAAAAUCUUUGUCGAAAUUUAUUUAGUUUUCAAAUUAGAGCCGUAUAUAGUAACUUAGUAAAAAGUUGA